CGGUGGCGAUUUGCAGCAGCAGUCACUCCAAAUAUGUUACGUUCGUAUCUUCUGGAAGAUAACAUUUGACCAACAGUCGCGGUGGUUGUUGCAAGAUGUUUUCGACGUCAUGACCCUUAUCGCGUAUGUGUGCCCCGCUGGAUGUGUGUUGGCGCAUCGUUCGGUAUAAUAGAACACGCUUCCGUUUCAAAUAUCCUCUUUGCUGCUCGAUCAGGCAGGCUUAUCCGUCAGGCUCGGUUGCUGCUCGGUUCCUCCGAAGACUUGAGACAAAUUAGUUGCUCUCGAUUAAAAACUAACGACCGAAAAUGUCGACGAAGAAAUUAGCACUCCUGAGCGUGUCGGACAAAACCAAUCUGUUGCCGUUGGCUAAGAAGUUACACGAAUUCGGAUUAACACUGGUCGCCUCUGGAGGUACCGCGCAGGCAUUGAGAAAUGCUGAUCUACCUGUGCGAGAUGUUUCGGAAAUUACAGGGGCACCUGAGAUGCUUGGUGGACGUGUGAAGACCCUUCAUCCUGCCGUUCACGCCGGUAUCCUCGCUCGCUCGAUCAUCUCCGACAUGCAGGAUCUUCACCGGCAGAAUUACGAUCUGAUCCAGGUGGUGGUGUGCAAUUUGUAUCCCUUCGUGCGCACCGUCUCGCAGCCUAACGUGGCGGUCGAGGACGCGAUUGAAAACAUCGAUAUCGGCGGCGUGACUCUGCUGCGCGCCGCCGCCAAGAAUCACGCGAGAGUCACGGUCAUCUGCGACCCCAACGACUACGACAAGGUGAUCGACGAGAUGGACUGUACCGAGGACAGGAACACCUCCCUCGAAACCAGGCAGACUUUGGCCCUGAAGGCGUUCACCCACACCGCCGAGUACGACGACGCUAUCUCGGACUACUUCCGCAAGCAGUACAGCGCCGGCACCUCCCAGCUCACCCUUCGCUACGGCAUGAACCCGCACCAGAAGCCGGCGCAGAUAUUCACUACUCUAGAGAAGCUGCCGUUGACCGUGCUGAACGGAUCGCCCGGCUUCAUCAAUCUGUGCGACGCGUUGAACGGCUACCAGCUCGUGAGGGAGCUGAAGUCCUCGUUGAAUCUGCCAGCGGCGACCUCGUUCAAGCACGUCAGUCCGGCCGGCGCCGCGGUCGGCAUCCCCUUGGACCGUACGCAGGCGAAAUUGUGCCAAGUGGACGACCUCCUCGAGCAGCUCACGCCACUGGCGACUGCCUACGCUCGCGCACGCGGCGCCGACCGGAUGUCCAGCUUCGGCGACUUCGUCGCCCUGUCCGAGCCGUGCGACGCUGUAACGGCCAAGAUCAUAUCGCGAGAGGUUUCGGACGGCAUUAUCGCGCCUGGCUACUCAGCAGAGGCCCUUGAGACACUGAAAAAGAAGAAGAACGGCUCUUAUUGCGUGCUACAAAUCGAUCCUUCCUACGUACCGUCUCCGAUGGAGCGCAAGAUUCUAUACGGUAUGGUGAUGGAGCAAAAGCGCAACGAUGCUGCCAUCGAUAAGCGAACGUUCGACAACGUCGUGACGAAGAAGGCGAACACUUUGUCGGAAGACGCCGUUCGCGAUCUGAUCGUGGCCACUAUCACCGUGAAAUAUACGCAGAGCAAUUCUGUCUGUUACGCUAAGAAUGGACAGGUGAUCGGAACUGGCGCCGGGCAGCAGUCGAGAAUCCACUGUACAAGACUUGCCGGCGAUAAGGCGGACAACUGGUGGCUCCGCCAGCAUCCGAAGGUGACGGGGAUGAAAUUUAAAAAAGGCGUGAAGAGAGCGGAGAUCUCCAACGCUAUCGACAAUUACGUAAACGGGUCUGUGGGAAAGGACAUGGACGAGUCCAUGUGGGCCGCUAUGUACGAGGAAGUUCCCGCGAAACUGACGGAGAGCGAGAAACUCGAGUGGCUGAAGAAGUUGGACAACGUUGCUCUCAGCAGCGACGCCUUCUUCCCGUUCAGAGACAACGUCGAUCGAGCCAGACUCAGUGGCGUUAAAUAUAUCGCAAGUCCCGCCGGCUCUACGAACGAUGAGGCAGUAAUCGAAGCUUGCAACGAACACGAGAUUGUUCUGGCUCACACCGGUUUCCGGUUGUUCCACCAUUAGAGAUGUGCAUUGUAUUUGAGAUAUAUAUGUAUAUCUGAUCACACUGUUUUUAUACGAAUGCAAACUCGUAUAAAAACAUCACGUGAUAGCUAUUCUUCUACGAGCGGAAAUAUAUCCGCGACGAUUGCUAUUUUUUUCUCUGUGAAUGUAUUCGGUCGAAAGAUGUUUUCCAAUUAACUUCGAUUUGAGGAGACUGAAUAAUACAUUUUUUUUUUUUUAAUUUUUCCUUUAUUCAACCAAAUUUUUUGUAUGCUUAUCAGAUUUGUUAUGCAGCUCUGCAGAAUAUUUUAUUGUUCAUAAACGUGCUUAUGUUACGCGUA